AUGGAGGGGCUCGAUCGGAUCCACUUAGUGGCACGCAGGGGGGAUUGCAUGAUGUCAGGGGAUAUCAAAGAUAGCUUCUAUGCUCUGCAAGUCGAAUUCGCUAGAUUGGCAGUUCUACGACUACACUGGGAAGCUAUGGUGUUAUCUAGCCCUACCAAUGGGAGCAUUCUUCAGCCCGUGGUACUUCAAUCUGCUCAUGCAAGUACUGCGACGAUUAUGCUGGGAAGUUUGGAUCCCCAAGACCAAUGGGAGCUCACUACCGACAGUUGCCUAAACGAGUUCGGAACUGUUCUUCAUCAUCUAGCGACGGAGAAGACAUAG